AUUUAACAUUAUAUAAGACAAUUACGGGAUGAUGCAUCAUAGUCUCAUGUGGUGGUUGGGUGCAUCUUUAAAGUGCACACUUGAGGGAAAAAUGAAACAAAUAAUAUUACCUCUGGCCCUUUUCGGCUUGUGCACGUGCGCAAGCCUCGACAACCUCCAAUACCUGCCGCCCUCUCAACGGCCGGCAGGCGGCAUCAGACCUGGCGCUGGAGGUUACGGAGCUGGAGGCGGAGCCGCUAGACCCGGAUUCGGCGGUGGAGCCGGAUUCGGUGGUGGAGCCGGAUUUGGCGGUGGAGCCGCCAGACCAGGUUUUGGCGGAGGCGCUCCAGGUUUUGGGGGUGGCGCACCUGGUUAUAGCGGUGGAGCUGGUGGUCAAGGUUAUAGCGGUGGAGCUGCAAGACAAGGUUUUGGUGGUGGAGCUGGAGGAUAUAGUGGAGGUGGAGGAAGACCAGGAGCAGGUUCCGAAAUUCCCAUAAUCCGCUACGAAAACGUUAAUAACGGCGACGGCACUUAUCAGUACCUGUACGAAACCGGAAACGGAAUCAAUGCCCAGGAACAAGGAGACGCCAGAGGAGAUGGCACCCAAGCUCAAGGCUCGUUCUCCUACACCGCACCAGACGGCCAACAAAUCCAAAUCCAAUACACCGCCGACGAAAACGGAUUCAAUCCGCAAGGAGCUCAUUUGCCAACCCCGCCACCGAUCCCAGAAGAAAUCCAAAGAUCGAUUGAACAAAAUUUGGCCGACGAAGCUAGAGGUAUUGUCGACGAUGGCAGUUACAGACCAGGCGCAGACGAAGGUGGAGCGGGUGGUUACAGUGGAGGAGGUGGUUAUAGUGGAGGUCCGUCACCUCAGUACGGUGCCCCAGGUGGCUUCAGACCUUCCGGAAGUGGCGGAGCCGCUCCUUCACCUCAAUACGGUGCUCCGGGCGCGUUCAGACCUUCCGGAACUGGAGCGUCUGCUUUUAGGCCUUCUGGAGGUGCAGGCGGUUACAGGCCACAAGGUGGUGUAGGCGGUGUGGGAUCCGGCCAAUCGGCUGCUGGUGGUGGAUAUAGAUAUUAGAUUUAUAUACAGAUUUCUACUGUGAAUUUAUGUGAAAAGUUGACAGAAUUUGGUACCUCAAAAUCAAAUUUUGUCAAUAUUAUUUUGCCAGCUUAAUAAAUGAAAAUAAAUUGGGAUUUGGAUGCCAUAAUUUUAUAAGAUAAACGCUGUACAAAACUGUACACAUCUAUGCCGAUAGUAUUAUCUUGGAUGCACCUAAGCUGUGUUGUUUUGUAUAUAAUAUAAAUAUGAAUAUAUUUGCAGAUAAUGAUUGUAUAUUAAAGGAAGAAGGAUAAAUAUACAUAUUUUUCUAUGUAA